AUGACUCCUGCCCUCCAUUUUGAGACAGCUUUUUGGUCGCAGAAGCAAAACGAUGCCAAUCAUCCCAAUUUCCAAUCGGGUCUGCAAGUGUUGCAUCAGAAACUCAAUCAGAGCAAGGUGGAAAAUGAGGAAAUCAUUGCAUUUUUCAAAGAACGUAUAGCCAUCGAGGAUAUGUACGGCAGCAAGUUAUGCGACCAAGGCAAACAAGCGGGGAAAUCUUCCGGUUUUGAACGCGACGAAGGUGCCGGACUGAAAAGCUGCUUUAAGAAUAUGAAAACGGCAAGCACCGAGUUGGGUCAGCAGCAUAAACAGUCGGCGUCCGCCAUGCUCAACACGGUCUUGAAGCCUUUGCAGAAGUUUCACGAGGAUUAUAAGAAGAAUAUUCAGAGCAGCAAACAAGCCGUGGAUGCUACGUUGAAACAGUUUGAUACUCUAGUAAAAGAAGCGGAACGAGCACGUACAACAUAUCAUCGACGAUGCCGUGAAGCCGAUACAGCUGAGGAGCAGGCACUCGUGAGACAAGCAACCGAAGAGCAAACCGCCCGUUCUUCUACCGACAACGCGCCAGACGGUGCGAAUCAACGACCUACUUCCACCUCUGCGUCAGAAAUGGAAUCAACCACUGCCAACCUUACGCCUUCCGCUGAAUCCGAUGCGAAAAUCCAGUUGGGAAAUCAAUCCAUGUCACAAACCGAAUUUGACGCCUUGAUACGCAAGAUGCGCGAAGAGAUUCCUAUCAAAGAUCACCGCGUUCCGAUUUUAGGUCGUUAUCAAAAUACAUCGACAGGCGAGGAUAUCGCAUCCUGGUUACAGCAGAACAUGCAACAGUGCAAAGAUUCGCCUGCCAUGGCCGACAUUGUAGGUCAACAACUGAUCCAAUCGUAUGCGGUGCUCCGUCUGAUUGGACAAAGAGGCAAUAAAUUUCUUCCGGCGGCAAAUUCAGUUUAUCAGUGGCGUAUCAACAACAACGACGAAGAAGCAUUUAGUGCGUCGGAAUCGAAUGUGGGAGCAUCGGCUUUCGGGGGUCUUUUGGAGAAAUUUGGCACCAUGACAACGACAACCGGCACAUACCCCGCCAAUGGUGCAGUUGAACCACACAAGAAGGCACGAAGCGACGCUGAACGUGCUGAUGAAAUGUACCGUAGUGCUAUCAAGCGAGCGGACCAAAUGCGUAUGUUUGUGGAAGAAGCUCUGUUUGCCCAUUUUGCCGAGAUGGAGCAAGUGGAGUUGCAAAGAGUUACUACUUUAAAAUCCGUUUUUGCCGAUUUCUCCUCCUGUUUAUCGAAAGCAUUACCGAGCCACAAGACCAUUGUGGAUCAAAUGCUCGUUUUUCAAGAGUCGCUGAAACCUGAUCAAGAGAUACAAUAUAUCGUCCAGCAGUAUUGCGUCGCUGGCUUUUCGCCAAAGGCGCUACUCUACGAAAAUUAUUACCAUGGCAUUGCUCACGAUCAAACCUUUGGAGUUCCUUUGGAGGAGCUGGCAAAGCAAGGCGAGAAUAAUGUCCCCAUCUUUGUACGCUCUCUAUUGGAAACAAUCGAUAAAGGUUCGGAGGGGUUAUCUGAGGAAGAUAAGCGUCGUCUUUGGUCGACACCUUUCGCUCUCGAUCGAGUUCAUGCAGCUCACGUUGAUCUGAACCUACCCAGCGGACGCAUUACGGUUGAUCUAUUGCAGCAGUAUGAACCAGUUCUUCUGGUCGCGAUAUUGCGUCUUUUUUUCUUGGAGUUACCGGAAUGCUUAAUGACAUUUGAGUUUUACGAUGCAGCACAAGCUCUUUACAGUAACAGUAAUGAACAAGAUGACAGCUUGCGAUUGCUCUCUCUGAGCAACCUUAUUGCAUCUCUGCCCGCGGCUCAUUUUGCAACGCUGCAUUUGUUACUACAAAAGAUUGCCGGCCAUAUAGAAAAGUACGGCAACGAUGGCAAGAACAUUAUGAUUGAGCAAAUUAGCCAAUCUUUAGGAUCUGUGAUACUUCGAGCACGAACGGAAUCUUUAACGACUUUGACGAGCCGCGUACCGGUUAGAUUGGCGCUCGAUUUAAUCAAACACCAAAAGGAAAUUUUCUCGGAGAAUACCUUGAAGUCUCAUGCCGAAAGUGAAAAACGACGUCAGGCACGUCCUUUGGUAGCAAGCAAAUCCGAUUUUUCAUUGGCGGAUCAAGGAGGAAAAGCGACUUCGCCAACAAAGAAGCGCGGGUUGAUGUCGUUUAUGAGACCAAACAUGGAAGACACCGCCAAAUGGGGGGUGAAUUCGAUGAUGGGCGUAUUUCAACGUGGCGCUGCUGCGGACAGUCCCAACGAAACGAAGCCAACUAUUAACACGGCAACCCCAAGACAUUUUGGUGGAUCGACCAUCACUCAAGAAUCACCGCCUUCCUCGCCGAAAGUCAGCCCCCAAAAGCCAUCCCUUCCUGUUGAUGAGAAGUCGGACGUCAUGUUCGAUGUAACCGAUCAUCUUGGUCCAAAAUCGAAAGUAUCUGAAGCAAGCAAAGAUACAGAACCACAGAAUAUAGAGAAAACGGAGGCAUCUGAAUCCGAUAUACCCAUACCAGACACCGAUCUCGAUCCUUUUUUUGCCGAUGACUAA